AUGGACGACGCGGAAUUGAGAGCUAUAAGAGAGGCUCGUAUGGCCGAGCUACAAAAAAACGCAGCUAGCGGUAUCGGCCCAGGAUCUUCUCAACAGCUGCAGCUGCUGCUGCAGCAGCAAUCUGCAGCUAAUGAUAUGGCGGCCACUAUUUUGGGAAGGGUUUUAAAUAAUGAAGCUAGGGAAAGGCUAAGUAGGGUUAGAAUGGUACGCCCUGAUAGAGCACAAGCAGUUGAGGAGUAUAUCAUCAAACUAUACUCAAUGGGCCAGAUAAAUGGCAAAUUAUUAGAAAAGGAUAUUGUUAAUAUUUUAGACGGAUUGAGCAGAGAUUUGCAGGCAAAGAAGCAAACUAAGAUUGUAUAUAAUCGGAAACAACUUGACGACGAGGACGAUGAUGAUUUUUUUGACUGA